GACCCCUCCAGGAAUUUGGGUUUGUCAAUUAUGUAUGCCGAAUUCGAGGAUUAGAAUGAAUUCAGGUAUGAGUGGUGAGUCAACAUCCGUACUCGUAUACCCCGUUGAUCUGGCCGUAUCACGUACCGAGGAGUCAAAUGAACAUCUAAAAGACACAGUAAUAAAAGAAAAUUUAAAUCCAAUAUUUAUUGAAAACCAAAUCACAACAAAAAACAUAGAAAUCAAUGUCUCAACCGAGUCGAUAUCCAACUCUACCAAAAAGCUAGCAAACGACAAGAGGAUUAAAUUGAAACAGGAUUCUCAAGAACCGCAGCUCGAUUUAAACAAUUCCUCAGUUGGAUCGAAUAAAUCACAGAUCCUGGGUUCAACAAGGCCAACUCCUUCUUCAAGUCCAAUGCGUAAGAAUUCCACUCCUAGGAGGUCAAAAAAAACAAAUAAUAGGCUAACAACUAACACUAACCAAAGUGACUUGGCUACAAAUAUGCCAUCGGAUAUUGGUAAUACACAAAGUAACGAUGAGGAGUUGGAAUCAACUGGUCCUAAAUCUAUG